AUGGAGCUAUCCUGGCGUCUCAGGUGCCAGCUUGGCGCUCUCCUCACCAUCCUCUUUAUCUCUGCUAUUCCUGCUUCACCUACUGGUGGCGGAGGAUGGGAUAUUGGCGAAAUCGUUGGUCACGGCGCUAGAGAUGGCGGACUUUGGGGGCAAAAUCCUGCUGCAUGGCUGAAUCGUGAUCUCGCUGCCAGCUCGAGCGGGAGUCAUGGAGGUCGGAGUGAAGACCCUGGGUAUCAUGCCUCACACAAUUCCCGAAUGCAGAGCACUAGCUUCGAAAGCCCCCGUCAAUCGCCCAUCUGGUCAGAACCAAGGCUGGAUGCUACCGAACAGCGGUCCCCGAUCUUGCACGGGCAGGGCGCUGCUCCAGUUCAACCUGCAGCAGCACCGAUCGUCACUUCAGAAAGUGAGACCGGUUCUACGAGCCUUUUGAACGCACCGGCCUCCUCGCAGCCUCUUGUCACGAAGCCUCACCGGAUCCCAAGCAACCCAAGGGCACCGCUUGCUUACGCAUGGUUCGGAGAGGAUGUUGGCCGCUCGAUGAUAGAGAACGGUCUAUACAAGCUCGACAGGGCAAACACCAUAUUCCGGGACGAUGUAGGGGAGUGGGAGAAGUGGCUGGCCAAUAUGCGAAGGGCGACUGGACGUCCAUCCCUGAGGAUCUCCCCUGUUGACGUUUCGGAUUCGGCGAAAGACCAGGUCUUUGUAGCCGAAGACCUGGACACCGUUGACCAUCCUCCUCUGACUGAGUCAGAACGUGUACUGAGGUGGUCCGGGAGACUCCUUCUAAAGAAAGUACCUCCCGGCAAAGUGGAACAUAACCUGGAAAAGGCCAAAGCAAGAGACAGGGUAUACGUCUACCUGAACAGUCGCAGAAACAUGGACUACAUCAAUCGCGAAUACUUCCUGGGCCAUGCUCGACCCCUGCCCAUUCAUAUUGAUGGUCUCACCCGUAACAGCCUCAACAAGAUCUACGCCUUUCGAAACACCCACGUUCUUUUUCCUCCACGCACUCAACACGGAUUACCGCUCCUCGUUGUCCGUCACAUCGGCUCCGAAUACACGUUGGAGCACAUUCACAGCAUCACCGGGAUCAAGCAAAAGAUGCACCUCAUGUCGCUCUGGUCUCCGCUCCUUUUUGACGGUCAGAGGUACACCACAUUUCUAUAUGGAGUCGUCGGCUUUGACUCGAGGCAUGCCCCAGAAGUACUGGCGCACUUGGACACAAUGACCAAAGCCAGCGACCCGAGUUCUUAUGCCUCUUUGUACGUAUUAGAAGAAGCGGCACACAUGUUUCAGUGA